UUGAGGUGAGGUACGAGCGAGCCCAGAGCCUUGAGACGUACAUCGAUCGAUCACUAAUAUAAUUUGAUCGCUAGCUAGCUCAGCUCUCAUCGAUCGAUCAUGGCUCGUCCACCUCGUGCUGCUGCCUCUCUCCCGCAGCACCGGUUGUCAGUAGUCGUGCUUGGGCUCCUCCUGUUCCGUGCGGCAGCCAAGGCUCAACUGUCCGGCGACAGCUACUACGACGCCUCCUGCCCGGCCGCCCUGCUCACCAUCAGAACCGUCGUGUCGGCGGCGGUGCUGCUCGACCCCCGCAUGGGCGCCUCCCUCCUCCGCCUCCACUUCCACGACUGCUUCGUCCAGGGCUGCGACGCGUCGGUGCUGCUGGACGACACGGGCAACUUCACCGGCGAGAAGGGCGCCGGGCCGAACGCCGGGUCGCUGCGCGGCUUCGAGGUGGUCGACAACGCCAAGAUGCUCCUGGAGACGUUGUGCCCGCAGACCGUCUCGUGCGCCGACAUCCUCGCCGUCGCCGCCCGCGACGCCGUCGUCCAGCUCGGGGGCCCGUCAUGGGCGGUUCAGCUGGGGAGGAGGGACUCCACCACGGCGAGCGCGUCGCUGGCCAACAGCGACCUCCCCUCGCCCUCCUCCACCCUCGCCACUCUCCUCACGGCCUUCUCUAACAAGGGACUCACAACCACCGACAUGGUUGCCCUCUCAGGAGCCCACACCAUCGGGCGGGCGCAGUGCGCCAACUUCCGGGACAGGAUCUACAACGACACCGACAUCGACGCGUCGUUCGCCGCGUCGCUGCGCGCCGGCUGCCCCCAGUCCGGCGACGGCAGCAGCCUCGCGCCGCUGGACGAGUCGUCGCCGGAUGGCUUCGACAACGGCUACUUCGGCGGCCUCCUCUCCGGCCGCGGCCUGCUCCACUCCGACCAGGCGCUGUUCGCCGGCGGCGGCGGCGGGUCCACGGACGGCCUGGUCAGGAGCUACGCGGCCAGCAACGGCCAGUUCAGCGGCGACUUCGCGUCGGCGAUGGUGAAGAUGGGCGGCAUUAGCCCGCUGACGGGGACGGCCGGCGAGGUCAGGGUCAACUGCAGGGCGGUCAAUUAAUUCGUCAAGCAUGGGCGACUAUAUAUUUGUAUAUCAUCUUGCAGAGAGAUCCAUGGAAAUGAAAUGGCAUCCAGCUAUACAUAUUUAUCAUAUUUAUUUAUUUGUUAUUUAGUUGCACACAUAUGUCUGUGCAGAUAUAUAGCAGAUAUGUAAGGUUCCACUAAGUUGUUAGUAUUUGGGAGGUGAAAAUGAUAGAGUAAAUACAUGUCAUGCACAAUUUUUUUUAACUCCAUAUGUAUUU